CAUCAGUCUGGUGGCACGUUGGUCGCACGCCCUUGGACUGCGUGUUAUGUCAUAUUCCUGUCAUUCGGGCGAUGGUCUCCUAUUGUUGUUACAAGCAGCCAGGAAACUUGAAAAUGAAGAUACCAUACAGCGGCCUUGCUAUUCCGAUGGAUGGGACCAUAGGCCAAAUACUCGUGCAAAUACCGAUCAUAAAUAUGUGGUUCAACACAACUAUGGAUAUAAUGCAUCCAAGCGGCCAAUAGCUGGCCCUCGAAAAGAGUCGGUAUGUUGUACCUUUUCCACAAUAACCCUUCUCGGUAGACGUGCCCAUCUUCGAGCUUGCAUGGAAACUCUCAAGGAACACCUUAAUUUUGAUAAUGACAUGCCCAGAAUAACAAUGCUGGCAGUUUUAAAAAAGGCAACCACCACAAUCCAGUAUCUGAGGCAGCGAAAACAAUGCCUUGAAACGUGUGAAGACAACGAAAAACAGCGGUACGCACAAUUGGUUAAGCGGCGUAUAGCUUUACGGAAAAAGCUCGAGGAGAAGAAGAGCAGAUUCCUGAAACUGCAGAGCUGGAGAGAACGUAAUCGCAAUUGUUCUGAGUGUUCAAUAACAACGACAUCCUCUGAUGACUCGGAACUGGAUUUACAGUUGCGGUCCGCACACACAGCAUCGCAUGGGCCUUCUAGCCCUAAUCGCCAUCCUUUCGAUCCCUUUUCACGAGGUGAAAACGCAUCGGUGGGCGUCGGUUGUGUACUAUCCAACAAUAAACAUGUUUCACCCUUGGGGUCAUCAACCAGAUUUCCCUCAGGUAUAGAUCAUUUUGACGCAAGCAGCUCCGACUCUGGAUUUGACGAAAUCACAAUUGGAUCUAGUGGAAAGACGUCACCCGAUGGAUCCUUAAUGCCCUACUGCGUUUCAGAAGCACCUUCUAUGAUACCGACGAGACUCCCGGUUAUUUGUACCCAGAGUAGCUUUCGCCAACCUCCAACACCUAUGGUGCCGACCGAACGGGAGCUUGUCUGUCAAGAUAAGCGUUUACACUGCGGUGGUGCGAUUCAUACUUCUUUAUGCAUUGUAGAAGUGGCCCCUUUGCGCAGAAGAUAUACGGAAGAUGUUAAUGAACGUCGGAUUAGUAAUGCUGAGGCACGCCAGGUGGUCUUAGGCUCUCCCGCGGUAGAUGAAUUACUCACGCUUCAUGAGUUGCGAUGGUUAUGGCAUGUACUCCGCAUGCUUCAAGGCCGUCUCUCAGAUUUUUCCCUCCCAGCCCUGUGCUGA